GUCACCUCCUUCCCCCAGGUCCCACUCUUCACUGCAUGCUAUGAUUUGGUUCGUGCCCACUCAUCAGAAUGGUCCCGUCCAACUAUGAGCCUCCCCCAACAUGCCAUGCUUGAAUGGUUCAGCCCUCCGGGUUGGCGCGCCCCUCUUUCUCCUAUGAAUGGUUUAUUCCUGUACUUCACCAGCCUCUCAACUACCUGGAAACCUCUUAUCCCACACUCCGAGUGCUACAACUCAUUUGCUAACUGAAGAAAGCCAGGGUUUGCAGGCUGAAAGUAGAUGUGAUACAGCCCAGUGAAAUUUCUUCUUGUGAAGGGGAAGGCUUUGCUUCCAUAGGAGGGAAUCGUUACGCUUAUAAAAAGUGCUUGGGAAUUGAUGCGGGGAGAUGUUGGGGAUCACUGCCAUACAGCUAGCUCGUGUUUGUCAUGGCCAUCUUCGAAUGUCACCUCUCUGAUCUCCAGCCCAUCCUCACCAUAACCGGCUGUGGAUUUGCUUUGCACAGCUAACUCUUCUGCUUUCCCCAGACCUUCUGCAGCUCCCUCCCUGAGGAGGAAGGAAUGUUCUCUAGGCUGGAAACUUGAGUUCUCGGGUUCUGUGUUGCUCUUCCCCAUUCCUCAUUGAGUUUCUUGAAUAGGACUAUUUUUUCCUACCUCUCCGCUUUAGCAUGAUGGUUUGCACAUUGGUGCCUUGCUAGACUUGUGUUGAAUGGAUGUUGUAACUAAAUGGACUGCUUCACUGCCAAGAAGCCCCAGAGCCUCCUGCCCACACCUUCUCUAGAGGAUAUGAGACAUUUGGGAUAGUAACAGUGGAAGGCUGAGCUAGGAGGCAGCCUGCAAGGAUAAAAUUGAGGGAGAGCAGGUCAGGGGCAGUGUAGAAAUGGUAGUCCUGGAAGAAGCCCAGCUGUCCUCACAUUUGCAGAAUGGUCUUGUUUGAGUUAGUUACCUCAUUUGCAACAUAGGGUAAUCAAGUACUUCCUAUGCCAGGUUUUGGGCAAGAGUUAAAAGAUGCAUGUAAAAGGUUUCACACAGUGCCUACCAUUUAAUAAAUGCUAGCAGUUUCCAUCAUGGUUGCUGCAGAAAGCUGGGAAGAUAGAAUGAAGACGCUGAAGAAUGGGACUGAACUUGAAGGCAGACAGAGUCCCAAAUAAUUGACUAAACAUUAGGAUCACUGACCCAGUAGGAAGUCACAAUUCAGGGGAGUUAAGAGAGCCUGGCUCUGUUCGAGAACGUGAAGGCAAACACAGAAGGGCAUGUGCACAGACACACGUGAUCACCACAGUAAUGCAGAGGCAGACCCAGACAAAAGACUGAGACUGGAGCCAACCAGACACACAGACAGAGACAGCCUCGCGGAGUCAAGUAGACAGGGAUAAUGACAGGAACGCGCCAGACACAGGCACCGAGGGAGACAAGAUAAGCAGAUAUGCAGGUGCACACAGACACCGAGACCCACACACAGCCGGCCCUGUUAGACUGACUGGUGAACACAGCGCCCAGUCAGAGGCAGACACAACGCCCGCAGUGACACAUAGCGGGCCAGCGCGCCGGGGCCACUGUCACUUGUCGAUGGGGCGGGGAGGGGCCGGCGGCGGGGGAAGGCUGGGGAAGGGAAUCCCGGGCGGGCGGCCUGCCCGGGUGGCUGAGUCACUGCGGAGCCUCAGCCCGCGGCCCUCCCUCUCCCCCCGGCUCUCUCAGGUGAGAAGCGAGCCGGUAACUUCAUAGCUUCCGUCAUGCCGAAAGAAGAUCGCAAAGGAAUAGGACCCGCGGGGGUCGGUCCUGGAUCCGCCCCACCUUCGAGCCGGCUGUUACUGAGGCGGAGACAAGGGUGAUGAUUGGCUUUCUGGGGAGAGAGAAGUCUUGUGAUUGGCUAAGUCUCUGAAGCGUUUGAAGCUGUGAGAGGACGCUCCCACGGAGGCUGGGUUAUCAGCCGCGCGAAUUGGUUGUGGAAGGCCAGAGACUGCCACCUGGAAACAGUGGGCACUCUUGUUAAGAGCAAUUGGAGCGGGACCAUCGUGCCAGAGAGCUGGGGCAGGGGGGCGUGCCCCGUCUCCAGGGCUCCUGGGGCCACUGCUGACCUGGCUGGAUGCAUCGGGCAGUGGACCCUCCAGGGGCCCGCUCUGCACGGGAAGCCUUUGCCCUUGGGGGCUUGAGCUGUGCUGGGGCUUGGAGCUCCUGCCCACCCCAUCCUCCUCCUCGAAGCUCAUGGCUGCCUGGAGGCAGGUGCUCUGCCAGCAUCGGGCAGCCCCCACUCCCUGCUCCUUUACCCCCGUCACAUGGCAGUAACUCCGGGCACCCAAACAAACCCUAUUAUGCUCCUGGGACACCUUCCCCUAGACCCCUCCACGGGAAGCUGGAAUCUCUGCAUGGCUGUGUACAGGCACUGGUCCGGGAGCCAGCCCAGCCCGGGUUGUGGGAACAGCUUGGACAACUGUAUGAGUCAGAGCAUGACAGUGAGGAGGCUGUAUGCUGCUACCACAGGGCCCUUCGAUAUGGAGGAAGCUUUGCUGAGCUGGGGCCCCGAAUUGGCCGUUUGCAGCAGGCCCAGCUCUGGAACUUUCAUGCUGGUUCCUGUCAGCACCGAGCCAAGGUCCUGCCCCCGCUGGAGCAAGUGUGGAAUUUGCUGCACCUUGAGCACAAACGGAACUAUGGCGCUAAGCGAGGGGGUCCUCCUGUGAAACGAUCUGCUGAACCCCCAGUGGUACAGCCUAUGCCUCCAGCAGCACUCUCUGGCCCUUCAGGAGAGGAGGGCCUCAGCCCUGGAGGCAAGCGGAGGAGAGGCUGCAGCUCUGAACAGGCUGGCCUUCCCCCGGGUCUGCCACUCCCUCCACCACCAUUACCACCACCCCCACCACCCCCUCCUCCACCCCCACCUCCACCACCGCUGCCUGGCCUGGCUGUUAGCCCUCCAUUUCAGCUGACUAAGCCAGGGCUGUGGAACACCUUGCAUGGAGAUGCUUGGGGCCCGGAGCGCAAGGGCUCGGCACCCCCAGAGCGCCAGGAGCAGCGGCACUCGCUGCCUCACCCAUAUUCAUACCCUGCUCCUGCCUAUACUGCUCAUCCGCCCAGCCACCGGCUGCUCCCAGCCACACCCCUUGGUCCAGGUCCCCGACCCCCAGGAGCAGAGAGCCAUGGCUGCCUGCCUGCCACCCGUCCCCCCGGAAGUGACCUUAGAGAGAGCAGAGUUCAGAGGUCGCGGAUGGACUCCAGCGUUUCACCAGCAGCAUCUACCGCCUGCGUGCCUUACGCCCCUUCCCGGCCCCCUGGCCUCCCCGGCACCAGCAGCAGCAGUAGCAGCAGUAGCAGUAACAACACUGGUCUUCGGGGUGUGGAGCCGAGCCCAGGCAUUCCUGGCGCUGACCAUUACCAAACUCCUGCGCUGGACAUUUCCCCUCACCAGGCCCGCCUGGGGCCCUCGGCACACAGCAGUCGGAAACCAUUUUUGACAGCGCCUGCUGCCACUCCCCACUUAACCCUACCACCUGGGACCCCAUCAUCCCCUCCACCCCCCUGUCCUCGCCUCUCACGCCCUCCACCACCCCCUGCUUGGAUGAAGGGCUCAGCCUGCCGCUCAGCCCGAGAGGAUGGAGAGAUCUUAGGGGAGCUCUUCUUUGGUGCUGAGGGACCUCCCCGUCCUCCCCUGCCCCUUCCCCACCGUGAUGGCUUCUUGGGGCCUCCAACCCCCCGCUUUUCUGUGGGCACUCAGGAUUCGCAUACCCCUCCCGCUCCCCCAACCACCACCAGCAGCAGCAGCAGCAACAGCCGCCACAGCAGUAGGCCUACUGGGCCCGCGCCCUUCCCUCCACCCCCCUAUCUGGCCAGAAGUAUAGACCCCCUUCCCAGGCCAUCUAGCCCAACACUGAGCUCCCAGGACCCACCUCUUCCACCACUGACUCUUGCCCUCCCUCCAGCCCCUCCCUCCUCCUGCCACCAAAAUACCUCAGGAAGCUUCAGGCGCUCGGAGAGCCCCCGGCCCAGGGUCUCCUUCCCAAAGACCCCCGAGGUGGGGCAGGGGCCACCCCCAGGCUCUCUGAGUAAAGCCCCCCAGCCUGUGCCACCUGGGGUUGGAGAGCUGCCUGCCCGAGGCCCGAGGCUCUUUGAUUUUCCACCAACUCCACUGGAGGAUCAAUUUGAAGAGCCAGCUGAGUUCAAGAUCCUACCUGAUGGGCUGGCUAACAUCAUGAAGAUGCUGGAUGAAUCCAUCCGAAAGGAGGAGGAGCAGCAACAGGAGGCAGGCACGGUGCCCCCACCCCCACUCAAAGAACCCUUUGCAUCUCUACAGCCUCCAUUUCCCAGUGACACAGCCCCAACCACCACUGCUGCUGCCACCACUGCCACCACCACCACCACUACCACCACGACCACCAUUCAAGAAGAGGAGAAGAAGCCACCACCAGCCCUGCCACCACCACCGCCUCUAGCCAAGUUUCCUCCACCUCCCCAGUCUCAGCCCCCACCGCCUCCACCAGCCAGCCCGGCCAGUCUGCUCAAGUCAUUGGCCUCUGUUCUUGAGGGACAAAAGUACUGUUACCGGGGGACUGGAGCAGCUGUUUCAGCCAGGCCCGGGUCCUUGCCCACCGCUCAGUAUUCCCCUAGUCCUGCAUCAGGUGCUACCGCCCCUCCACCCACUUCAAUGGCCCCUAGCGCCCAGGGCUCCCCCAAGCCCUCUGUUUCCUCGUCAUCUCAGUUCUCUACCUCAGGCGGGCCUUGGGCCCGGGAGCGCAGGGCAGGUGAAGAGCCAGCACCAGGCCCCGCAACCCCUGCCCAGCUGCCCCCAUCUCUGCCGCUGCCCCCUGCUCGUUCUGAGUCUGAGGUGCUAGAAGAGAUCAGUCGGGCUUGUGAGACCCUUGUCGAGCGGGUGGGCAGGAGUGCCACCCAUCCUGCAGACCCAGUGGACAUAGCAGAGCCAGUGGACAGUGGGACUGAGCCACUGCUGCCUCCUGCACAGGCUAAGGAGGAGAGUGGUGGGGUGGCUGUGGCAGUGGCAGCAGCGGGUCCAGGUAGUGGCAAGCGCCGGCAAAAGGAGCAUCGGCGGCACAGACGGGCCUGUAGGGACAGUGUGGGUCGUCGACCCCGUGAGGGGAGGGCUAAGACCAAGGCCAAGGCUCCCAAAGAAAAGAGCCGAAGGGUGCUGGGGAACCUGGACUUGCAGAGCGAAGAAAUCCAGGGCCGGGAGAAGGCCCGGCCGGACUUAGGUGGGGCUUCCAAAGUCAAGACACCCACAGCUCCAACGCCCCCACCUGCUCCUGCACCCUCUGCUCAGCCAACACCCCCAGCAGCCCCCGUCCCUGGGAAGAAGACUCGAGAGGAUGCUCCGGGGCCCCCAGGGGUGAGCCGGGCAGAUAUGCUAAAGCUCCGGUCACUUAGCGAGGGGCCCCCCAAGGAAUUGAAGAUCAGGCUCAUCAAGGUGGAGAGUGGUGACAAGGAGACCUUUAUUGCUUCUGAGGUGGAGGAACGGCGGCUGCGCAUGGCAGACCUCACUAUCAGCCACUGUGCUGCUGACGUCAUGCGUGCCAGCAAGAAUGCCAAGGUGAAAGGGAAAUUUCGAGAAUCCUACCUUUCCCCUGCCCAGUCUGUGAAACCGAAGAUCAACACUGAGGAGAAGCUGCCCCGGGAGAAACUCAACCCCCCCACCCCCAGCAUCUAUUUGGAGAGCAAACGGGACGCCUUCUCGCCAGUGCUGCUGCAGUUCUGUACAGACCCUCGCAACCCCAUCACCGUCAUCAGGGGCCUGGCUGGCUCACUUCGGCUCAACUUAGGCCUUUUCUCCACCAAGACCCUGGUGGAAGCAAGCGGCGAGCACACAGUGGAGGUCCGCACCCAAGUGCAGCAACCCUCAGAUGAGAACUGGGACCUGACGGGCACGAGACAGAUCUGGCCCUGCGAGAGCUCCCGCUCACACACCACCAUCGCCAAGUACGCGCAGUACCAGGCAUCCUCCUUCCAGGAGUCGCUGCAGGAGGAGAAGGAGAGUGAGGAUGAAGAGUCGGAGGAACCAGACAGCACCACGGGGACCCCUCCCAGCAGUGCACCGGACCCCAAGAACCAUCAUAUCAUCAAGUUUGGCACUAACAUCGACCUGUCUGAUGCCAAGAGGUGGAAGCCCCAGCUACAGGAGCUGCUGAAGCUGCCUGCCUUCAUGCGAGUAACAUCCACAGGCAACAUGCUCAGCCACGUGGGCCACACCAUCUUGGGCAUGAACACCGUGCAGCUAUAUAUGAAGGUCCCUGGCAGCCGAACGCCAGGCCACCAAGAGAAUAACAAUUUCUGCUCUGUCAAUAUCAACAUUGGCCCCGGGGACUGUGAGUGGUUCGCAGUACACGAGCACUAUUGGGAGACUAUCAGCGCCUUCUGCGAUCGGCAUGGUGUGGACUACUUGACUGGUUCCUGGUGGCCCAUCUUGGAUGACCUCUAUGCGUCCAAUAUUCCUGUUUACCGCUUCGUGCAGCGCCCUGGGGACCUUGUGUGGAUUAAUGCAGGGACUGUGCAUUGGGUGCAGGCUACUGGCUGGUGCAACAACAUUGCUUGGAACGUGGGACCUCUCACUGCCUAUCAGUAUCAGCUGGCCCUGGAGCGCUACGAAUGGAACGAGGUGAAGAACGUCAAGUCCAUCGUGCCCAUGAUUCACGUGUCCUGGAAUGUAGCUCGAACGGUCAAAAUCAGCGAUCCGGACCUGUUCAAGAUGAUCAAGUUCUGCCUCUUGCAGUCAAUGAAGCACUGCCAGGUGCAGCGGGAGAGCUUGGUGCGGGCCGGUAAGAAAAUCGCUUACCAAGGCCGCGUCAAGGACGAGCCUGCCUACUACUGCAACGAAUGCGAUGUGGAGGUGUUCAACAUCCUGUUCGUUACGAGUGAGAACGGCAGCCGAAACACGUACCUGGUGCACUGCGAGGGCUGUGCACGCCGUCGCAGCGCAGGCCUACAGGGCGUGGUGGUGCUAGAGCAGUACCGCACCGAGGAGCUGGCGCAGGCUUACGACGCCUUCACGCUGGCUCCAGCCAGUACGUCGCGAUGAGGCCGGAUGCCCCGCUCGCCCGCCCACCCACGCAGGGCGCGGCGGGGCCACCAGCACAUGCCUGGGCUGGACCUAGGUCCCGCCUCUGGCCGGGAAGGGGGUCGGGCCCAGCCCUUCCACCCUUAUUGGCAGCUCCCCUCACUUAAUUUAUUAAGAAAAAAAAUUUUUUUAACAAAUACGAGGAAAAAAAAGGAAAAAAAAUGGGAGACGGGGAGGGGGCUGGCAGCCCCUCGCCCACCAGCGCCUCCCCUCACCGACUUUGGCCUUUCUAGCAACAGACACAAGGACCAGGCUCCGGCGGCGGCGGGGGUCACAUACGGGUUCCCUCAAGCCUGCCCGCCGCCCGCCCGCCCGCACGCCGCCCGCCGGCAGACGUUCGCGGCUCGUUGUGUACAUAGACAUUCGGCAGCCGAGGUUUUUAAUGAGAUUCUUUCUAUGGGCUUUACCCCUCCCCCAGGCCCUCCUUUUUUUACUCCCAAUGCUAGCUGUGAUCCCUGUAUAUGUUUGUUUAUUCAUUUGAUUAUGGUUUGUAUUUUUGUUCCUUUUUUGUUUCUGUUUUUUUAAUUUAUAACAGUCCCACUCACCUCUAUUUAUUCAUUUUUUUUUUUUUUUGGGAAAACCCGACCUGCACCCUCAAGCCAUCCCUCCUGCCUCUUUGGGAGGCCUGCUUCUGGGUUCUCCUUGCGCCCCAGUAUAUAUGUCCGGGCUUGGCCCGUCGGUCUCCGUCCGCCCGCCGCUCCAGCCGGGCUCUCAUGGUGCUCAAACCCGCUCCCCUCCCCUACGUCCUGCACUUUCUUGGACCAGUACCCCCACUCCCGACCCGACCCCAACCCCACCUGAGGGUGAGCGACUCCUGUACUGUAGGGAAGAAGUGGGAACUGAAAUGG